AUGCCACCCCCCAAACCAGCAACCUCAACAUCCACAGAAAACCUCCUCCUCAAAUGCCAAAAAGAAACUCGCAAGAAAUGCCUCCCCCCAGAAUGGUCCAUCUACCCCCCCAACCAACCCACAAGACCUCCCCCCGACACCCUCGCCCUCGCCAUCCAAAUCGACGCAUCCUCCCCUAGCGCAGUCACCUUUUACGAGUCCGCCACCGACCGCCUCGUCGGCUCCAUCGGCUCCGAAUACCGCGGCUCCAUCGUCGUCGUGCCGUGGCGCCCGGGCCUCAAGUUCGUCUGCCAGUCGACGUGCCGCCGUAGAACCGGGUGUCGCAUCGGUGUGGUAAGGGAGGCGAAAGGCAGGGCGGGGGUGAGGAUGAAGAGCGUCGGAGUCCGCAAUAUUACCAAUAUUCCUGCUGCUGCGACUGUUUCUGCUGUGAAGAGCAGUGCUUCUGCGGAGAGUAAAAAGAGCACUGCUGAUGCUGAAAAUGCACCUCCGGCUGCUCCUCCAAAGAUUGCUUCUCCUACAAGUAAAAGCGGUUACAUCAGCCGUAUCCCCAGGCGGGUGUCAAUUGACAAACCUCCUGCAACCGGCAAACAUGUCACUUUUGAUGACAAGAGCAUCAGCGGCAAAAGUCCCAUCCAGAUAAACGGCGGCAGAUUGCCAAGGCCAAGAGCCAAGAGUGAUGUCAAGCCAGGACAGAGAUCUUAA